GUUCGGAAUAAUAUAAAAAGUGGAGUAGUAAUAAUAAUAAUGAUAAUACUAUGAAUAAUAUUAUUGACUGUAUCAAUCAAAUUGAAUUUGAAUGUUGUCAAAGUUUGAGGCAACUGGAUUAUUAAACAGUUCAUAAGAUGAUUGCUAAAUAACAACUGCAUAAAACUUCAGAUCAAGUAGUGUUCAAACGAAUAUGCACCAUUCACACUUUGAACCAACAAUGACUCAUGCACCUCAAAGAUUUCCACAACAGAACUCAAUUCAUGGCGGACACAUGAAACAUCGUCAUCGAAGAGAACAAUCUUCUGGAUCUAUAACAUCAACUAGUCGAGAUUUUAGUACACAUCGAGGAAUGAAUCGUGAAAGUGACUAUCCUCAAAAGCAGUUAACAAGAAAACCACGACCGUUAAGUUCAAAUGCUCUUAGAGAAAAACAUAAUUCUCAUCUUAGAGAGCAUACAAAUUUAUCUCACUAUCCAUAUGCUUACUUACAUGAUACAAAAGAAAAUAAAAGAAAACGAUUCACUAAUAAAGAAAUGUAUAUGCGUAAUAAACUUUCAGAAAUACAAUGUACCAAUGAUUCAUCAGGUUCUACUUCAAAUCCGAAUAGAAAUGAAUUUAGUAAUCGCAGACAUUUUCAUCAUUUACCAAUGAAUGCCGAAGAUGCCUAUUCGCAUAGAUGUGAACGAACACAAAGUAUGUUACAUCAUUUAAAUAAAAAAGGAAAUAUUUUUGAUAAUGGACAAAUGCAAUCAAUUAAUUCAGUGCACAAUCAACCUAAGAAGUCUAAUCUAGAUGAAAUUGUUGGUCUUGCUGCAAACGACUGUCAUUUGCUCAAUUAUCAUCCUUAUGGAUUCAAUGGUCCUACUGAACUGCCUCCUGAUUGGAACUCUGCAAAAUCUCAGACAUUUACAUCUUAUAAUACAUACACCACAGGAGGUAACAAGCUUACUGGACAACAUUGUCAAUUUGGAUUAAAUACACUGGAAAGUUUUCAACAAGGUUGUUUAACUUCUUUAGCCAGUAUGUUACUUUGUCCUCACACGGUAUUACCCAUUAUGGUUGGAUUAUUUAGUAAUUUUCGGUCAUCUACUGAUUAUGUACAAAAAUUAGGUGAGGAAUUAGUUUAUUUGAAACAAUCAAAUCCAUAUUAUUACGAUCAAGCACAAAUUGGAUUUGAAUUUUGGCCAGGAAUUCUACCACUUAUAAUUAUUAGUAUAUUAGGAUAUAUAUUGGGUUUAUCAUUGGGAUGGCAAUUAGGUUUUGCUGUAGCUGUUACAGCCACGUUGUUUUAUGCAUUAUUUUUUGGUAUAAUUAUAUUCGGCGUUCGAAUUAAACAUUGGUCAAAAACCAUUGAAUUAGCUGAAACAAUAUCACGUUAUAUGAGAGGAUGUAAUCUAUUAUUUAAUAUACUAUUUUAUCGUUCACCACAAGCCCCACGUGUUGCUCAACCUGUACGAUUACUACCAAUCAGUAUAAAUUUGUCCAACUUCUCUACCAGUACAGAGGCAGCAGUACAUUUAGCUGAAAAAAUUUGGAUUUUUAUUGAACAAAAAUAUGGUCGUUUGCCAGUAAGGUUACAAUGGGCAAGUAGAGAUGUAUAUGGUGAUUCAACAAAAACGUACCGUAAAGUUUGCUGUCUUCCAUCAUGUAUAUGGGUAUUUGUCAAUGUCAUCACUUUACUCACUAUGGCCACAUUAAUUGCACUUGAUAAUUCAUUUUUAUCAACUGAAAACAAAGAUGGUACAAGUAAUCCAAUCCCAAAAAUUGAUGGUGAUGUAAAUACUUUAACAGAAAACUUACAAGUAUUCAUUAUUGUUUGUGCUGUCAUAUCUGGUUUAAGUUUUCUAAUCCUGAUUGCUGCAAUUACACCAGGUAUAUUAAAAUUAAUAAGAGGUCGACCAUUUCAACAUCCUAUCAAAAAACCAUUCUAUCCUGAUUUAGAAAGUUACACUGAUAUAACAAUGGAUAGUUGUUAUGGUAGUGGUAUUCGUAAAGCUUAUCCUUUUCCUAAUUGUAUUGAAACUGGUCAAUGUGGUAUGGAACAUGAUACAACGUGUUUAGCACAUGGGGAAUACUACAAUAACGAUACACGGCAAUUUUUAGGCGGUAAAAAUAAGUUAACAUCAACUGCAUCUAUGGUUGCAGCGGCUGCAGCUGCUGCUGUUACAGCAGCUGAUCGUCAUUGGAGACAAAUGGAAAACGUUAAAAAUACCGGUCAUCAUUACCAGCCACGGCAAGUGUACGAACGUGGUCAAUACAAGUUUAAAGAUGAACUUGAUUUGCAGGGUAAUCUAAAUGGAAUUAAUCCAAAAACAGAUACUAAUUCUAGCAAUCAUGAUGAUGACGAUUCCAGUGAAGAAUCAAAGCAAUCUGAUUCAGAUGAACACAGUACUAUUGAAGAUGAGGAAAGUUCUCCAAUGGAUGAACCUUUAUUUGAUUCCGGAGAACUUUUACUAAAUGGCCGAAACAUUCCAAACUCAAAUCGUGGAAGAUUUAACAAUAAAAAUCUCUCAGGUGCCCGCCAAAAUAAAGAGUAUUCAAAAUCGGCAGGAAAUAACAAGCGCAGAAAGACUAUAUCCAUUGAACGUCAGAAAAACGAACAACUUCUGCGGCAAUAUGUAUUAGAUGCUUGUUCAGUUUUAUCUAUGUUAGACCGUCGAAUUGGUGGUCGACAAACUCGUUUGAUAAUAUGUGUGAACGCAAUCACUGAGACAGUAGAAAGUUCAGUGACUAACAAGAAACUUUUGGAUUUCAUGCAUUUGUUAGACCAUAUUCUAAUGAAGCCGCCAACUGGCGGUAAAAGUUAUGAUGUCCCCUUAAUACUUGCUCCGAUUGGCGCUCCAGAAAAGGUGAUGAAUGAUGUUCCACCCACAGUCUGGGUACCUAAUGUUGUUAUGAUUAUUGCAGCUAACGUCUCAGGUAUCAAUGCUAAUGAUACGAAAAUACAUACCCUCGAUUCAGUUAAUGUGAAUGAUCCUAACCAAAUGCACAGGAUGGCUUCUGCUAUGAGAUUGUCUUUGAAAAAUUCUUCAAGAGAAUCGAAUCCUAAGAUUUGGUAUUGUAUUCAUCAGUUGUGUCAUUUACCCAUAUACGUAGAAGAUGAACCACUUUGUUUCAGAGUAAAUGAUCAAAUUGACGAACAAUCAUUCAUUAGUCCUGCACGUUCAGCAUCGAAUAUACAACAUUCGCAUCAGGAGAUUAAGACUGAAAUGUCUCAGCCAAAAUCACUGGUCGAUCUCUUCACAAGUAAACAUGAUUUAUUACAUUUCAAUAAGAAAAGAUUUCGUCAUCUCUUGACACUGACAGCUUUCACAGGUCGUAUGAUUAAACUGGAUCGAUUAUUUACACAACGUAUUAUUUAUCAAAGUGGUCAAAAAAGUCUAUCAUAUUUAAAUGCAUUACAUUAUUUUGCUAAUGAACCUUCAUUAAACACACUUGUGACAUGGUUAUGCUUUUUAACACAUUGGCCAUUUCAUGCUGCAUGGUUAGGUGUAUUUAUUGAAAAUUAUCAAAAAUGUGAAAUGAAAGAACGCACUAAUUAUUUAUUGACUAAUCAUACUUCACGUUCACAACCUGAAGGUCUCAAUCGAACACUGAGUGAUGUCAAACCAUCAAAAUUUGGAGUAGAACAAUUGGGUUCAUCUUUCACUGCUUUAUAUUCACGUGUUAUAAAAAGAUUAGAACCAAUUAUUCAAAUGGUACGUUUAAAAGCAUUAUCUGCAUCAAGUGGAGUAAAUUCAACACCAGGAACAUUUCAUACAAACAAUGAAUCUCUUCUUAUAACUAAUGAAUUAUUGACAACAAUAAAUAAAACUUUAAAAAUCUGUGAAAUUGCUUUUUGUGAUAAAGAUCCAACGAAACUUGGUGAAUUUCUUAGAUCAUGUGAUGCAUAUCAAUUGGAUUCGACCACUUCUCAAACUGGAUCAGUUACAAUGAAUCAACUUUUGAGAAUUAUGAAGUUAACACCAUUUUUAAAUCCACAAAUUAAUCGGUGGAUUGAAGAAUCACUGAUUCCUAUGAUGAAUAAUCGUGGAAACACUAUUGAACCAAAAGUGACAGAAAAAAAACAAGUUAGCUCAAGAAGUAGUCAACGUUCACAUACAUUAAAUAUUAGAGAAGAUCAUGAUGUGCUUUUAUCAACUGAUCUUACAGAAAUUAAAAAGGAUUCACUUAAAUCGAUUAUUGUUCAACUUAAGGAAAUAGUUCCAAAGAAACCUUUAAAUCAAUUUACAGUUAAUGAAGUAUGUCAGUUGGUUGAAAGGAUAGUGAUUUUAACUAACAAAUAUUUCAGCGGUCACAAAAUGGAUUUCGUUCACAACUCAAGAUCACAUGAUCAUUCUAUCAACAAUCAGAACAAUUCAGAUUCAACUAGAAGACUAAGCUCUGAAGAGUCUGAAACACUAAUUAAUGAUCCGAUACCACCAUCAGCUGUAAACACAACACCAUAUAAUCUAACUGUAUCAUCAAUUGUUAAACGUUAUUCAGAUUCUAUAAGAAAAUUCAAUAUCACAGGUAGCGUACUAGAUUUGUGCUCUUUAAGGGAUUUAGAAGCAAAACUCAAUAUGUCCCCUAUUGAUUGGAAAUUAUUUUGUGCAUUUAUACAAUAUUUGAAACAAACUGAAUGUGAAGAAAUGGUGACAUCAAUAAAACCUCAAAACUCUAACGAGCAGUUCACUGUACCAUGUAGGCAUUUAACGCAAAAUUAUCCAAGAACUAUUCAUAGCUCUAGGGAAAAACUUACUGAAACAGACAAAUCAUCAAUAUUAUCUGAAGUAAGAAGAGAUCAGCUACAAAUGAAUACAGUUAGUGAUACAAGUUUAACAGUAAAAAGUGCACCUUUGAUAAAACACUAUGAAUUGGAGAAUGAAUUGAAACGACAUGAGAACAAUGACAAAACAGACCAAAUCAUUGUGAUGCAUAACAGUAGAUCAAUGAGCAUGGUAGGUGUAAACAGAUCAAAUGAAAGUGGUCAUACUUUAAACUACAAUAUUCACGUACCAAGAUGUGAUCUUACAAAGGAAAUUUCUAAACAACAACAUAGAUCUUAUCAUCAUCCAAAGGUCACGGAACGGAUAGCUAGUCUUGUACCGCAACCUUGUGAAAAACAUCAAUCCAUGUUGUCACCUCAAUUAAGACAAAUACAGACGAAUGAAAAAUUUGUUAAAUCACAGAAUGAAUUAAAAUCGCAACAAUAUUCUCAUAGCAUUCAAUCACAUUUACAUCAUAAACUAAAGCAUCAAAAACCAUCAGAAUGUAAGACACCAUUUGAUCAAGAGGAAUGUGACUGUUGUAUGCAUGGAACAUCAAUGCAGGAUGCAAUGACGGUAUAUCGGGCUCAUACUCUACCUCAUACUUCACAAAUUUACCAUCAGAAGAAACAGCAGCACCAGGAAGCACGUGAAUAUGAUAAACCUCAUUUAUCCUCAAGUACUGCCGUUUGCAGUCGUCAUCGUAGAUUGGUGACUGGUAAUGACAUAAUGGCGGAAGCAACAACCUCAACAACAGAACAAGAAGAAAUACAAAACGAUCACCUAGGAAUAUCGAUUCAUCAAUGUUUACAUUGUGAACUUCCAUUUGAUAGUGAAAUCCAUCACCAGUGUAUGCACAAAUGUAUUCCUGAUUUAUAUAAUUCAUACAAACCAGUUAAUUCAAGUGCUCUUUAUCCACAUAAAACUGCUGAAUUAAAGCAUCAUUCUUUAGAGCUGCCACAUAUUUGUGGUCAUGAAAUCAGAAGUGUAACACAACCGCAACCUUCUUCUUCUUCUACACGCCAUUUCAAUGUGACUAAUGAUUAUCCAGAAAUCAGUAGAAAAGAUUCAGCUUCUACCUCGUUAGCUGGCGAAAUCGGUGAUGAAGUUGCUGAUAUGAGUCAACUUAGUAAUUAUGAAGAUGAUAAUGAUGGCUUGUUAUUAUCCGGUCAAAAAUUAGGAGGAAAACGAAUUAAACAAUCUUCAACUACCAUUAUAAACAAUGAUACGAUAUUAUAUCAACAUCCAUGUGAUUGUAAUUACUGGUAUGCACAUGAACAACAUACACAUCAAGAACGUAAUCAACUAGAGCAAAUUCACAAUGAAUCAAUUAAAACUGAGUAUAAAAUCAAUUCUAAUUUACAAGAAGAUCAAUUAAAUUCUAGUUUAGAUACAUUAAGUACUACAACAAAUAGUAGUAGUAGUAGUAAUGAUAGUACUAAUACCAGUAUAACUAAUGAUAAUGCAAGUAAACAUAGUCAGUUAGAUGUUAAUUCAAUAAAUAGUUGUGAUCAACUUACAUCAGAGUAUUCUAGUGAUAAUACAGUGAAUUCAAAGUGACAAUUGAAUUUAGUUAACUCGUAUCACAAUGAGAUAAAUGAUGUAAACUUGAAUAACGAUUAUCACAUCAGACUACAAUAUAUGAGUGAAUAGGUUCUUUUC